AUGCCGGAGGGCAGUCAGUGUGUGGAGGAAAACGAAGCUGUCAACAUCCACUCACGUACAUCUUCUACUACUGAGACAGUUGACGUGGGAACAGACACAAACCAACUCAUUUCGUGUCGGAGUAAGUCCUGUCAGUGUGUGACACCCUCCUUGAUGUCGACUGGUACCCAGAAGAGCAUGAACACAUCUUGGUGCACAAUUGCUGUCCAGUGUACACCAGAUACAUGCGACCGUGCUACACAAUAUGAGGCACCAGGUGAUGCUGACAGCAAGAACAAUAUGCCUGACACAACUGAUGAUGGAAAUGACACUGAUGAAGAUUACAAUCCACAUUCAAGUCAGAUCAAGUUCGAAGAAUCUCAAUCCCAGCCAGAGUCCCUGAACAACCAUAUGGAAGAAACAAAGUUCCUGGUGUUUGAAUCCAAUUUGCUGUCACUUUUCAUGUUUUGCAAAUUCUGCUUUUAUUCAUGCAGAGCCAAAAUUUAUCAUAUCUGUGGUAGUCUGGUGACAGUGCAGGUACAGUGCCUCAGACACCAAGAGCAUGCAUACUUCUGGAAUAGUCAGCCAAUACACAAACAAUUGCCACUUGGCAAUUUAGCCAUAGCUUGUGCUGUUUUCUUUAGUAGUCUUUGCCCAGCAAAGGCUCUAAGGAGCUAUUCAACUAUGAACAUGUACAAUAUAAGCAUGUCAACAUUUCAUAAACUCCAGAGAAGCUACAUAGUCCCAGCUAUUUCAAGGGUGUGGUCAAAACACCAAACUCAGCUAUUAGCUGAUAGGAAAGAGAAAUCUGUACGUCUGGCAGGGGAUGCAAGGUGUUGCUCACCUGGACAUACAGCUAAGUAUGGAAGCUAUACAUUGAUCGAUGUGGACACACAUCAAGUUUUGGACAUCCAGUUGGUGCAGUCAAAUGAAGUGGCCAAUUCGAAUGCCAUGGAACUUGAAGGAUUGAAAAGGGGCCUUGCACAUCUUGAGAAUGCCAGAGUAAAUGUUUCAGACAUAAUAACAGACCGACACAUUCAAGUAAAAGCUUAUAUAAAGAGGGAGAAAGGUGGCAUUAAACAUUGGUUUGAUGUAUGGCAUGUUGCUAAAGGUAUUUACAAGAAACUUCAAAAAGUAAGCAAGAAGAAAGGCCUGGAAAUAAUCAGCCUGUGGGCACACUCCAUUUCCAAUCAUAUGUACUGGUGUGCUGCCACCAGCCAUGGCAAUGCUGAGGAGGUGCUGGCUAAGUGGUUGUCGAUUGGCAACCACUUAGCUAACAUACAUAGUGGUCACAGUGAAACCUUUCCAUCUUGUAUGCAUGGAGAAAUUCAAGAUAGAAUUUGGAUACCUGCUGGAACACGAGCUCACAAGGAGAUAGAAAGCAUCUUAAAGUCCAGAUAUCUCCUGAAAGAUGUAGCCAAACUGUCACCUCAUGGGCAGACAUCAUACCUUGAAGGAUUUCAUAGUGUCAUAUGUCACUUCGCUCCAAAGUUCUACCAUUAUCAUUACAAUGGUAUGAAGGCAAGGUUGUUGAUGUCUGCCCUCCACUUCAAUGAGAAUGGAACACGACUGAAAGCACACACCAAAACAGGAGAAGAGAAAUGGAGUGUCUCAUAUCCUAAGAGCAGAAACUGGGAGGCUACUGCUAAACCUCUCAAAACAAAUCCAACAUAUGAAUAUAUUGGCGAGCUGUUACAGGAGGUGUCCGACAUUCGAACAGAAUUUCCAAGUUGUGCCCUUGCUGACAACUCCCUAAAUGAACAUCAGCCACCCUGCAUGACUGAAACUCACGGAAAGAAACGGGAAAAACAAAUCGUUGUCAGAAACCAUAAAACACGUUUCCAUUAAAACAAUAUUUAUUCUAGUGAGAAUAAAGAAAUCCAGUAUAUACAUCUGAUGGAAAUGUUGCACGUAUAACAUGGACAACACAAGAAGGAAUCACCUUGCGAUG